AUGUCGACAGAGAACGAGAGAGAGACUCAAGUCUACUUGGCGAAGCUCGCUGAACAAGCCGAGCGUUAUGAUGAAAUGGUUGAGAGCAUGAAAAAGGUCGCAAAACUAGACGUUGAACUGUCGGUGGAUGAGAGAAACCUGCUGUCGGUGGGGUACAAGAACGUUAUUGGCGCUCGACGAGCUUCGUGGCGUAUCAUGUCCUCGAUCGAACAGAAGGAAGAAUCCAAGGGAAAUGAGAACAAUGUGAGGCUGAUAAGGGGCUACCGACAGAAGGUGGAGGAUGAGUUGUCAAAGAUUUGCCAUGACAUCCUUUCUGUCAUCGACAAGCACCUGAUUCCAUCCUCUGGUUCGGGGGAGGCUACUGUUUUUUACUACAAGAUGAAAGGUGAUUACUAUCGCUACCUGGCUGAGUUCAAGGCUGAUCAGGAAAAGAAAGAGGCAGCCGAAGAGUCUCUCAAGGGCUAUGAGGCUGCUUCAGCUACUGCAAAUACAGAUCUUCCCUCUACUCAUCCUAUCCGUCUUGGUCUUGCUUUGAACUUCUCGGUGUUCUACUAUGAGAUCAUGAAUUCUCCUGAAAGAGCUUGCCAUUUGGCUAAACGAGCAUUUGAUGAGGCCAUCUCUGAGUUGGAUACUUUGAGUGAAGAGUCUUACAAAGACAGCACUUUGAUUAUGCAAUUGUUGAGAGAUAAUCUCACUCUCUGGACCUCCGAUUUGCCUGAAGAUGGUGAGGAGGGCAUCAAGGCCGAGGAAUCAAAACCGGCACAACCUGAGAACUAA